AUGUCGACCUCAACCGCUUCCGCCUCCGCCGCCAACCUCCCAUCCGACUCUCGCUCGAGACCCCUCCGAAGACUAAGCCAGCUGCGCUCUUUCACUUCCUCGUCAUCAUCGAACAAUAACAACAGCAACAAUAACAAUAACAAUAGUAACGGCGGCGCCUCCCAGCGCUCCUCGUAUCGCAACUCCCUGACAAAUCGGGUUCCUUGGCUUUCGUCGUCUUCCUCCCACCAACACCAGUCGUCGACUUCCGCCGCCGCCGCGCCCGGUUCAGAAUCUGCAACCAACACCUCUCCUACAAACGCCUCGCACUCAUGUCCUGAAUCUGACCGUCAGUCUAUGCUUGCUCGCUACAGCUCGGUCUUUUCUUCGAACCGUGGUAUCGAUUCCGACCGACGCUCGCAGAACUCUUCGUCAUCCAGAGAGACUCCCACAAACGAGUCUGGUACCAAUCAGCAACCGCAAGGGGCCAUGGCGCGUCUUAGAGGCUUGACGCAAACUGGAGACUCGCGGGGUAAUAACGAGAAUACCAGCAACAAUAACGCCACGACUACGACUACUACUAAUGAUGCUCCUCCGUCGAGACCGGACAACGUAGACGGAGCCGUCGAAUCGUCUGACCCAGCGGCGGCUGAAGACCCAUCCGCCAACUCGUCGCAGCCCAAGCAGAAGCCCACUAUCCGUUUCUUCCCGUACCAAGAUCCUCUACAGAGCUCCCGACCGUCUUUAACCUUUAUUCCCAUAUCCCGCACUCUUCCGUCGGAAAGCUGUGUGAUUCGCGUCGGUCGAUACUCUGAACGGGAUGGAAUCCCCAUCGCCAACCCGUCUGAGCCGUCAGAUGCCCCUAUCGGAUUCAAGUCGAAGGUGGUGAGUCGCAAACACUGCGAGCUUAUCUUCAUGAAUGGCCAGUGGCACAUCAAGGAUGUAGGAAGUUCGUCGGGAACCUUUUUGAAUCACAUGCGUUUGAGCCAACCCAACAUGACGUCCAAGCUAUAUACCGUUAAGGAUGGGGACAUUAUACAGCUGGGCAUCGACUUUCGAGGCGGAGAGGAGAUGAUCUUCCGUUGUGUUCGUAUCCGGAUCGAGUGUAACCGGUCCUGGCAGCGUCAGCCCAACGAGUUCAAUAAAAACACUGAGAGUUUGAUUAAGAACUUGGGUAAAGGCAACGCUGCUGAUUAUUCUGGCUGUCGCGAGUGCUCCAUCUGCCUGGGUUCUGUUCUGCGGCCAUACCAAUGCCUAUUCAUGGCCGCCUGCGCUCACGUAUGGCACUAUAAAUGCGUCAGUCGCUUGAUUCAUACCCCCGACUAUCCGAUUUUCCAAUGUCCCAAUUGCCGCGCAUACACGGACUUGAGCGCAGAGGUUGACGACACAAACGACUUCGUGGAGGAAGAAGAUGAAGAAGAACAGAAAAACAGUUCAUCUGAGGGACAACAGACCGGAGAGCAACAAGCUCGAUCGGAGUCUCAAUCACCUGCACCGGAGACCAAUGCGAACUCCAACCCGGCCCAGGAAACCCCUACGCCGCCUGAAAACACGAAUUCCACAGAGACCCGGGCGGACGACUUGCCUGCCGAAGCAGGGUUGACAGUGAACAUUGAAAAUAUGCAUUUGAAUGAUGCUGAUACACCUAUCCAAAGCACCUCUAACGCUAAUCCUCCGACGCCAGCUCCUACCUCGAACCCUGAAGGCGUUCCUCACAGUGCCAGUGUCGACAUCCCUGGCCCUCAGUCUGCAUCUCCGUCUCCGGGAACCGUUGGAAAUCGACCAGCACAGCUGCGACAGGAAACGCUUGGCCGUGCGGAUAUGUCUGAUGACAAUCCGUUAACGCCGCGUAAUGACUCGGGACCUUUAGCCUUCGAUGGUUGGACGGGAAUACCUUGA